AUGAUUGGCCAGCCUCGCAGCUUUUUUUCUGAGAGGUGUGGCGUCGACGGCGCGCUGCCUGCCUGGCACCCUAGCUAUCAUAUCCAGUCCUUUCUCGAAUGCGACGACACACCUCGACGCGCUCGUUCGAGGAACAAUACUUUUGUCACCUCCGCACCACCACCGUCGAGUCCCUCCACAACUGAUACCCAAACCGACAAGAUGCCCAAGUUCUUUUGCGAUUACUGCGAUGUCUACCUGACGCACGACUCGAUGAGCGUGCGGAAGGCGCACAACAGCGGUCGAAACCACCUGCGCAACGUCGUCGAUUACUACCAACAAAUCGGCCACGAAAAGGCACAGUCCGUCAUCGACUCCAUCACCUCCUCCUACGCCGCCGAAGGCCAAGCGCACAACAAUCCGAUGCUGCCGCAGAACCAACCAGGCCAGGCCUUCCCGCCGCCGUUCCCCUUCCCCGGAGGUGUACCCCCUCCCUUCCCCGGCAUGCCCGCCGGCGCGCCUCCGUUCCCCCAGGGCAUGAUGCCUCCUCCUGGCCAGGGUGGUCGCGGAAUGCCGCCUAUGCCCCCGUUCCCGCCUGGUCCCAACGGCUCGCCCAUGCCUCCGGGCGGCCUUCCCUUCCCUCCCCCCGGAGGUCUUCCCGCCGGUCUCCCCUUCCCGCCCCCAGGAGCGCCAGGCUCGCUGCCCCCUCCCAACUUCCAGUUCCCUGGUAUGCCGCCACCGGGCGCGGGUGGCUUCCCCGGAGGUCCUCCCCCUGGCGCGUUCCCGCCUGGUAGCGCGCCUCCGGGUCAGGACAAGCGGUAA